UGCAGAGCAGACGUGCGCUGCUGCCUCUGCGAAAUCCUCGCUCUCGGGCAGCUGUAUACAACCAACACAUGGCCAACACACGGACACUCACACAAACACGCAAUCCGACACGCACACCUGUACACCCAGCGCGCGCGCAAAUCGCCGAAAUUACAGCAAAGCGAAACGGAAAAUGCUUAAAUGUCCACGUGAAACGUGAAACAGUGCACAAAAUAAUCGAAUAACGAAAACAAAUCGAAUCUGUGAAAUUAAAGUGGAGUUCUUGUCUUUUUUUUGGAAAAAAUCAAUGCCGUUAAUCGACGCACACGGAUACACACAUAAACGCACACGUGUGCUUCAAAAGCCAAAACACACCGAUACACCAAAACACACACACACGUGCAUACAUAAGGCCUAACAAAGUGAAAGUAACGAAAUUAGCAGCACAAUUUUGCAACAACAGCAAAAACAAGAAGUAGUUUAGGGCUAAAAUAUAAGCAGACAAAAAACAAGCGGCAACAGCAGCCGCCAACGCAAAAACAACCUGAGCGAGCAAGAUAAACACGCAAAACAAAGCGAACUGGGUCAGUGAGCGAAAAGGAGGCGAAGACGAGAGGAGGAGGAGGAGACGGAGGACGAGGAGGAGAAGGAGCGGCAAGGAGGAGCACGAAAAGCUGCCACAAUGUUGCAUGUGCUGCAGCCAAAGUGUAGCAUACUUAAUGGGGCAAAGGGUGCGUUGCCCAAGCGGAAACUAACUUUCGUAGUUUAAAGCCAUUUGCCAGACAAUAGACGAUGGCUCCGGGCAACAUCAGCAGCAGCAGCAGCAGCAGCAGCCAAAUCGGACGAGGCCAUUAUGGCUUUAAUCCCAGGAAAGGAGCAACAACAGCCACAUCAGCAGCAGCAGCAGCAAAUACAAUUACAGAACAACAAUAAGGUUAGGACCUGGUGCCACCAAUGCUGAUGAUGUUGAUGAUGUUGAUGAUGAUGAUGAUGUUAGGAAACUUCCGUUUUGCUUGCCCGGUCGGAAAUGAGGCUCAAUAUGUCGCCCAGUCACAGGUUAGCCUUCCAGCGCUGUGAGCAGUGACCUCGAACGCAUAGAGCCGAAGGAAUCCCAGCCCCUCGAUUGCCUGGAAUUUAAUUAAAGCGCAAAAAAACACGAAACGAAACUCCUGCGAUAAGGGUCGAAACAAAAGAGCAGUUUCCCCUGCCCCCCAAGGAGGUGGAGGAGGUGGAGGCGGCGUGGGUGUGUCGGUGGGUUGGCCCAUAAAUCUAACCGCCCACCAGCAAUCCAGCUAUCCGACCAUCCGGCAGCAACCCAUGUUGCACGUUGCUGCAAUCGAGCUGGCCCACGUCCACUGGCCAAUUAGCUGCUGCAACAGCCGAGAGCGGCUAUCGUUUGGGCUCCAUUGAACGCGUUCUCCAGCCGAGCGCAGCUGCCUCUCUGAUGACUGCCGCCAAAAGACGUGCGAGCAGCAGCAACAGCAGCAGCGGCAGCAGCAGCGGCAGCAGUAAUGGCAACGAGCAGCACUCCCAGCAGCAACAUCUGCAGCUGCAGCAGCAGCAACAGCAGCAGACGCAGCCAAACGAGUACCAACAGUUGCUGCAGCAUCCCCACCUUCACUACCAGCAACACUACAGCGGCAACAGCAACAGCAACAGCAACAGUAGCGGCAGCAACAGUGGCAGCAACACGCAGCAAUACCACCAGAGACAGCAGCAACAUCAGGCGACACUGCGCGAUUGCUCCGUCAAAUUGCCGCUGGAUAUCCUAUGGCUACCGAAAUCGGCAAUGCGGCCGGCGGGUCCUGAUACCUCGCCCACGGACUGCAUCCUGGUGGUGGGCGUGUCCCGUCCCAAAUUGGCCGUCGUCUUCCUUACGGUCAUGUUGAUCUCACUGUUCCUCACCUUCCACGUCCUGUACGACAGUGCCGUGUACAACAUCCAAGCGGCACAGGCUGUCCACGAAAGGCAUCGACUAUCCAUGGCCGCCUCCGCAUCAUCACUGGCAUCCUCCUCCUCCUCCUCAUCCUCGUCGUCGUCCAGUUCCAACGGCAACUCAUUCUCCUCCGCCGGCGGUGGUGGCGCAUCCAAUCAUCUGCCGGUGUUCGUGAAGCCCGUGCCCAGCUCCAAUCAGCUCAGCCAUCCGAUGGUCUUUCCCUCCAGCCGUGUGCACUUUCCCAAAACCAGUCGACGUUUGCCACAGGCACUCAUCAUCGGUGUGCGAAAGUGUGGAACACGGGCGCUGCUGGAGAUGCUCUACCUGCAUCCGCGUAUCCAGAAGGCCGGCGGCGAGGUGCACUUCUUCGACCGGGACGAGAAUUACCUGAAGGGUCUGGAGUGGUAUCGCAAGAAGAUGCCGCACUCAUUCCGUGGCCAGAUCACCAUCGAGAAGAGUCCCAGCUACUUUGUGUCGCCAGAGGUGCCGGAACGCGUCCGGGCCAUGAAUGCGAGCAUCAAGCUGCUGCUGAUUGUCCGGGAGCCGGUGACCCGGGCCAUUUCGGACUACACGCAGCUGCGUAGCCAUGCGGCCACUGCCAUUCUGCCGUUGGCCGACAAGGAUCCACCUACUCCAAGGGAGAGUUCGGGCGGUGGAGCAGGUGGUGGAGGAAGUGGAGGAAGUGGGACCGCAGCUGCCAAGAUGCCAACACAAUCACUGCUGUAUGCCAAACUGCAGUCGGCCCGUGGCUAUGACAAUGCCCUGGUGGGCGGCAGUGGGGCGGGCGCCAAGGAGACCAAAGGCAGAACGGUAUCUUCUUCGCUGGCCAGGAGACAGGCAGUGUCGGGCAGUGUUGGCGGCGGUGUCGUUGGAGCUGCGAUGACCACGACUACAAUGUCGCCAAUGGCGAGCGCCGCCCAAAUGGCAGCCAAGUCCUUUGAGGAGCUGGCCAUAUUUCCCAAUGGCACCGUUAACGAGGCUUAUCGACCGCUCAGCAUCUCCAUGUACCAUGUCCACCUCCAUCGCUGGCUGGAGGUCUUUCCGCGGGAGCAGCUACUGGUGGUCAAUGGGGAUCGCCUCAUCGAGGAUCCGGUUUCUCAGCUGAAACGCAUCGAGGCCUUCCUGGGCAUUGAGCAUCGGGUGAAUAGCGAGCACUUCUACUUCAACGAGACCAAGGGCUUCUACUGUCUGCGCUACGACAACGGGGAUCGCUGUCUCCGGGAGACGAAGGGCAGGAAGCACCCGCAUGUGGAUCCCGUGGUGGUCUCCAGAUUGCGAAAGUUCUUCGCCGAGUACAAUCAGCGAUUCUACGAGCUGGUGGGCGAGGAUCUCGGCUGGCCGGAGGAGUAAAUUGGCUGGCCUGGCUGCCAAUAAAUCUGCAGUUGGUCAAACGUUUGGGUCACAGUGCAGCCAAUUUAAUUACAAGGAAAAGCGGUCGAUGGCAAAAAAAGAAAAAAACGUGCAAAGUUUUCCAGGACUUUCAUUUGCCCUUUUCCGUUGCACACUUUUGCGGGAGGCGGAGCGCAGUAUUUCUGCCUGGCCGAGUCGAGCUACUCUGACAGUUCAAUUAUGUGCGCGUAUUGAAAAAUUGCAUUCCUAUUUUCCCGGGCCAGCCCAGCCACCCACUUGCCAUCCCCAUACCCGUCCCCAACCCGAUCCCCAUCACAAUCACCAUCACCAUCACCACAUGCAAAUUUGCCUUUGCAGCAGCAAAGAACCAGCGAAGGAACAAGGAUCCGCAUAAAAAAAAUAUAUACUAAAAUAAACUGCACGCAUUUUGCUGUGCAGCAGGCCAUGAAAAUGUGUGUGCAUGAAUGGGGCAUACAUGUCGUAUAUACAUAUAUACAAUAUACAUAUAGUACGAGUAUAUAUGUAGCGAAAUGAAAAGCAAUAUCUACAUGAUGUUCGAACUUCGAAGGUUACACGUUUUCUACGUCUGUUUGUGUUCUACAUAUUCAUUCUCCCUCUUCGUGCGUGCAUAUGUGUGCGUGUGUGUGUGUGAGUGAAUAAGAGUGAAUAGGAGUGAACAGUUCGAGAGGAUAAAAAUUAAUUAAGCAACUAAAUGUGAUUUUAUAGCAUGUAAGCAUAGGACAAAUUGAAAAUGAUUGCGAUGGGUGCUUGUGGAUAUACAUAUAUGCAGAUGAACGAUGCAGGAGAGGGGGAGAGAGGGAUAUGGAUAUGGAUAUGGAUAUGGAAAUUAGGAGUGAAGUGGCAAUUCAAAAUGUAUUUAGACUAACAGUCGGCUGAAUUAAAUGUGUGCGUACAGAAACAUGAGCAAAACUAAACAUAUCACGUUUAUCAUAGCAUUGCAUAGUAAAUAGUAUAUAGUAUAAUAUAGUGUAGUUUAUACACAACAUACAUAUCAGGGGUACUCGAGGUCCUCAAGCAACUUGAAUACUGAAUAUGAUUGAACUAAUGCAAUUGGUGCGUAUGUUACAUAUCAAAAGCUAAACCAACCAUGAAAUCGAAACAUAUCAGCUGCAAACGUCGGCAAAUAUACAAAAGAAAUAAAUAUACAAGCCUCUCUAUAUAUAUAUAUAUAUGAAUAACGUAUCGUAGGCAGUAAGUCGAGCAUCAAAUUUGUUGUAAAUGACUUUGAUUUUGACCUAGUUUGUAGUGAGCGAUGUGUCACGGAAUCGUCAUAGACAAACUUCUAGUUGAAUAUAGCCGUAUUCUAGGUUAAUAUCGCACUGCCUAAAACAAAGAAUAGUUAUGUCUGUUUAGAUAAUUAUACUGCACCCACUUAGUGUUAGGUUUAUCAAAGAUAGUUUUUUAAUGCAUUUUUAAGCCAGAUUAUUUUGUAUUCCUAACGAGAGAAAUCCAUAUCAAUUACGGCAACUCUACCUAUAGAUACACAUAUUAAAUAUAUAUAUAUAUAUAUAUGUACACACACUUAUCAGCUGUUUGGCUAACGUUUAAACAUUUCAUAUGCAUAUCAAACUCAAUGUGAAAAACUUAACCUAGGCUAAUACUUUCCGUGACGAUCCAUUUCCAUCCAAUUUCGGUUUACACAAACUUAUACACACAGACACUGUCCAUGGAGAUAUGUGUACGUAUUAAUACCUAUUAGGUUUGAGUACCAGUUCAUAGGGAUCUUCAGCACAGAGCUCGACUAGCGCUUAAUCAAUACUAAACAGAAAAUAGACUAUGGAAUGUAUAAACUUUGUUUUUACAGUGCAUCUCCUCAUAUACAUCCAAUGCUGAUCUCCUAGCGACAAUGGAACCACGAAACAAAUGAAACAAACCAAGCAAUAUAAAUUCAAAGCAAGACUGAAGGUCCUCCGCAGAAUAUUUUAUUCUCCUACUUAUUUUUUUUUUUGUGUCAGUCACUGAGUUGUAUUGAAUUGUGUAAACCAAGCGAAAACAAAUAUAGUAGCAAAGACAACGAACAUUUCUAAUUUGUUUAUAUUUUUAUACAGAUGCGUAAAGUACAUUAACCGAAAUCCAGGAAAGAAAACCCAAAAUGGAACCAAUUUCCGUUUUAAAAUAUAUAUUAUAGUAAUGCGAAAUUAUAUAUUAAUAUACUCAAACUCAAAGAGCAAUUUGUAGUCACAUUUUGUCCUCUAACUUGAACUAAGCCAAUUGCAUACGAAAUACAUAUCAAAAGUUUAACUCAACUCUAGAUCCUCCAUUGAUAUUGAUAUAUAUUGAUAUAAUUGAUAUUAUUGAUGUAUUGUCUACUUAAAUUGAACGUGCAAAACUCAACAACUAUAAUGUACCUUAAAAAUCAACUCUCUAUUUCUUUAACUUUAACUUAAACUCUAACGAUAACUCAACUCUUACAACUUAUUCAAACUUUCAAUGUACAUACAUAUAAAAAAAUAUUCCAAAAUUGAAAAAAAAAACAAACACACACACAAAAAUAAACCAACUAAUAACGAAACUAAAUCGUAUAGAAAUUCAACAAAUUGUAAGAAAACCAACAAGAAUCAACAUUUUAUGCUAUGGAAAAUUUUACGCAUGCAAUAAAUAAAUGUAAUUCGAAAAAC